AUGGCUUCCCAUAGAGCGCUAGAAAUCCUAUGUCUCACCGUAGCGUUUGCUGCGGCGCUCCUUGCCGGCGGCACGAAGGGGCAAUGCCCGAACAGCAAGUGCGGUGGCCUAGACAUCCCUUACCCGUUCGGCAUCCGUUCGGACAACUGCUCUCUUCCUGGCUUCGCGAUCGACUGCAACAACAGCAUACCGUUCCACGGAGAUGUCGAGGUGCUCGGCAUCUCCCUCCAGCCUGCGCAGAUCCGGGUGAUGAACGCCAUAUCCUCUUCCUGCUACAACACCACCUCCAAAGGAAUGGACUCCACCAGAUGGGAGCUGGACCUGACUAGCACGCCGUUCAUGCUCUCCGACACCAACAAGUUCACGGUCAUCGGCUGCCGGACACUAGCCUACAUCGGCAACCGAGAUGAUGCGGACAACUACAUGAGCGGCUGCGUCUCCUCCUGCAUGCAAGGUGACCUGAGCAGCGCCACCAACGGCACCUGCUCUGGUAUUGGUUGUUGCCAGACAACCAUCCCAAAUAGCCUGGAGUUCUACCAGGUAUGGUUCGACGACACCAUGAACGUCACGUCGAGGGUCUACAACCGGACACCUUGCAGCUACGCGGUGCUCAUGGAAUCGUCCAACUUCUCCUUCUCGACCACCUACCUGACUUCGCCAUUGGAGUUUAACAACACCUAUAACGGCCGCGCGCCUGUGGUGCUUGAUUGGGCUAUCUGGUCCGCCCCCAACUGCACAGAAGCGAAGAAGAAUCUUACUUCGUAUGCCUGCAAAAGCCAGGACAGUGUCUGCUUCUCAUCCGUUCUACAAGCCUACACCUGCAACUGCUCCAAAGGAUACCAAGGCAAUCCUUAUCUUAAAGGUCAUGAUGGUUGUCAAGAUAUUGAUGAAUGUGAACAUCCUGAGAACUACUCGUGCUUUGGAGAAUGCCGCAAUAAUCCUGGAGGAUUUGAUUGUUUCUGUCCUCCGGGUACCCGAGGAAAUUACUCUAUUCCAGGAGGAUGCCGAAAGAAGUUUUUUACGCCAAAGGUACAACUUUCAAUUGGUGCUGCUGCCAUCAUACUAUCUUGCCUCUUCGGUUUCCUUGGAUGGGAAGUGAUCCGGCACAAACGGAGCAUAAAGAGACAAGCUCUACUAAGACAAAACGACGAAUUUUUUCAACAGAAUGGAGGCCAGCUUCUCCUGGAAAUGAUGAAAGCAGAGGGCAACGCUGGGUUCACCCUAUACAGCAGACAAGAGAUCGAGGCUGCCACAAAUAACUUCAGCAAGGUGCACAUCGUCGGGGAAGGAGGGCAGGGGACCGUCUACAGGGCGGUGCUAGACGGAGAUGCCGCUGCAAUCAAAAGGUGCAAGGAGAUUGACGAGAGCAGGAAGAUGGAAUUCAUGCAGGAACUGGUCAUCCUUUGCCGCGUCGACCAUCCCAACAUCGUCAAGCUGCGCGGCUGCUGCCUCCAGUUCGAGGCGCCAAUGCUUGUAUACGAGUUCGUGCAGAACAAGACGCUGCAGGAGCUGCUAGACCUCCAGCGGAGUAGGAGGUACCAUGUCACUCUCGGAACUCGCCUAAGAAUCGCCGCGGAGUCCGCCGAUGCGCUCGCGCAUCUCCACUCCUUGCCGCACCCGGUACUCCACGGCGAUGUCAAGCCAGCCAACAUCCUUCUCGCCGAGGGACUGGUUGCGAAGGUGUCCGACUUUGGGUGUUCCACGAUCGAUGAGAAAACUCAAGCUAUUGCCAAAGGCACACCAGGGUACAUUGACCCGGACUACCUAGUGGAGUACCAGCUCACGGCCAAGAAUGACGUGUACAGCUUCGGUGUCGUUCUUCUCGAGCUCCUAACUGGUAAGAGGCCACUGUCAAAAGAAAGGAAAAGCUUGACCUUGAUGUUCCAGGAGGCCAUGGCGGAUGGCACACUCGUUGAACUCCUUGACAGCGAAAUAGUCGAUGAAGCUAGCAUGAGGGUGAUCAAUCGGACAGCGGUGCUAGCAGCUCAAUGCCUUGUUGUGCCAGGUGCAACAAGGCCGGCGAUGACACUAGUGGCGGCGGAGCUCCGGCGGCUAGCAGCAGAAGAUGAAGUGCAGCGAUGCCCACAGCCGCCACUGGUUCUUGAGGACAUAAGCUUUAUGGAGAUGGGGGCCACAACGUCCACGUGGUAUGGUGACACUAAGACUAGCGGGGUUUAUAGUCUCGAGAAGAAAGCUGUGUUGAGCAUAGAAUUCGCGAGAUGAUUGAUACAUAGUUUGUUAUCUUGAUGGAUCGAUCAGUCCCUCGUGUCGUUUGUAGGUGUGUGUUGGGUACAGUGUUAUUCCCAAGUAGAGGUGAAAGAACUUGUCACUGUGUACUAGAGCUUGUAAAGCAGGAUAGUACUGUAGCAUUUAAGUGUGUCAUAGAAGUAAUGACUAGUAGAAUUGUAAUAAAAUAGAA